AUGGCAUUCACAAAAAACAUUGGGAAUCUGCUUAAACAAGCGGCAUCUUCAAGUCCAUCUUUAUUCCAAGCAAUACGAUGCAUGUCCUCCUCAAAACUCUUUAUCGGAGGUAAGAAUCACCCCUCUGUCGGCAUUUCUAAUGUUAAAUCCUUCCAGCUUUCCCUGAGAGGUUGUAGACGUUCUCUAUUGAUAUGCUCUCUAGGCUGUAUGUGCUUCUAUCGUUGCUUUCUUGAGCGGCCUAUGAACUGUCUGCUUCUUUUCUCGUAGGGCUCUCAUACAAUACUGAUGACCAGAGUUUAAGAGAAGCAUUUACUAGCUAUGGGCAGGUCAUUGAAGGUAGAUGGAAAGUCCCCUUGCUGUGUUAUCUUAAGCAUCUGUAUCCCACAGGAGGGCUAAUCUGAAAUGCCUUUGUACAGCAAGAGUUAUCAUGGAUCGUGAAACGGGUAGAUCUAGAGGAUUUGGCUUUGUGACCUUCACAUCCAGUGAGGAAGCUUCUGCUGCUAUCAGCGGAAUGGAUGGAAAGGUACUUUCGUCGUAAAUAUUUUAUUAUCAAGUUCAGAAAUGAAUUGCACAUUGCGCUAUCUGUCUAAGAUGCGCAUCCUAGGUUCCUGAUACGGUUUGAGAAUGUGAUAUCUGCAUAUUUUUUGGCUUCCGAUUAGAUGCUUUUCCCGCUCAUUUGUUGCAUCCUACACCUAGUUCUUCUCACAUUAGCGAUAAAAUUAGUUAGUUUUCCAUUUCAACUGAGAGAAAAGCGUCAGCUCCAUCUUAUUGGGUACCAUCGGAAGUUUCUAUUUUCCCAGCUCUGGUCCCUGCCACUACGGAUCCCUUGGCUGUAGCUUUGGUGAUAAAUUUUAACUUUUUUUUUACACACAUUAAUGUGAUCUAUUUCACUAAUUUUCUGGUGGAAUGAUAUUUCGUUAAUUAGCAGAGCUGGCUGCUGUAACAGUGGCAUUAAGUAUUUAAAAAAUGAUUAGAUUAUAUCUACUCAAAUCUUUAUUGACAGCAGACUUUUAGUGCCCAGCUACCGGGAAUUAUGAUCCUGAGAUCGAAAUGAUGAGGAAUACCCGUGGCAUCAAUUUAAAACUUUUUAAACUUCCUUUUCUCGUGUUUUCUUAUUUUUAAUCAAUGCCCUUUUCGUAUUUUUAGAUUAAUUGUGGUGUGGGAGACACCAACCAGUAUACAUAUAUAAUCAUUAUAUACAUAUGUAAUGAGGAAUCAUUAUGCGUUUGCAUGGACCCAUUUACAUACCCACACGUGGGAUGAUCCUGGAUUAACCACGUGACAUCGAAAAAGGGUUUUGAGUACGACUCUAUCUUAACCUAACAGAGAUCGGCCAUUCUUCAUGAGGUCCUCAGAAUAAUCUGAAGUUCCCUCAGAAAGCACUUUCUGCAGGUAAAGCUGAAGACUGAACAUGGGGAGACUUGCUAAUAUACUCAAUUGUUGUUUUUCUUUCAAUGAUAAUGCUGCUCAUAUUUCUGAGAUGAUCUUGGGAUUGCCUUUCUUACUUAAUUAUCCAGUUCUUGUCAAAUUAUGCUGAUUGCAUCUGAACUAUUCUCAAGGAUCUUCAUGGGCGCUGGGUGAGGGUGAACUAUGCCACCGACCGGGCACGAGGUGGCGGUGGUUAUGCUGGUGGCGGUGGCUAUGGCGGCGGUGGUGGAAGCUAUGGCGGCGGUGGUGGAAGCUAUGGAGCUGGUGGUUAUGGUGGUGGCGGCGGCGGUGGCUAUGGCGGUGACAGCUAUGCCAGUGGUGGCGGCGGUGGUGGGGGCUAUGGCGGCGACAGUUAUGCCAGUGGUGGUGGCAGUGGUGGUUACGGUGGCGGUGCCGGUGGCUAUGGUGGUGGCAGCGCUGGUGGUGGCGGAGGGAGCUAUGGUGUCGCUGGAGGAAGUUAUGGGAACGACAGCUUCUCUGCCGGCAGUGGCGGCCCUGGAUUCGCCGAUGCCGGAAGCUUUGCAAGUGGCAGCGCCGCCGAUCAGCCCGGCAGCAGCAGCCAAGGAUUUGGAGGCCAACAGAGCAACAACGCCUUUGAAGAAGACUUCGCCGGCGACAUUGACGACGACGAGCCGGAGGGCUACGCCGAUAAGAGGAGCUGA